GGCCCGGCGCCGCCAUGGCGGUGCACUACUGCGCGCUCUGCCGCCGCUCCUCCUUCGCCGGCCGCCGGCACCUGUUCGGCGCCGCGCACCGGCGGCGGCUGCGGGAGGCGCUGGACCGGCUGCAGGAGGCGGUGGCGGCGGCGCGGGCGGCGGCGGCGGCGGCGGAUGGCGAUGGCGGCGCGGCCGUGCGGCGCUACGACCCGGCGGAGCACGACGGGCGCGUCUGGUGCCUGUGCUGCGGGCGCGGCGUGCGGCGGGACGGGCGGCGCGGCGGGCUGGCGCUGCCGCAGGCCGGGCUCCUGCAGCACCUGGCCGGGCCCGAGCACCGCCGGGAGACGGCGCGGUUCUGGCGGGAGAACAGGGCGGAGGCGGCGCUGCGGGAGCGGUUCCUGGUGCCGGCCGAGGAGUACGAGCGCUUCGCGCGGGCGCUGGAGCGGGCGCUGGCCGCGCACCGGCGGCAGGAGGAGGAGCGCAUCCGCCAGAUGGCGGCCGGCAUCCGGGAAGCCGAGCGCCGGCAGCGGGAGACGGUGCGGGCCGCCCUCCAGCUUCAAACAGAGCCAGAGCUUUGCGCGGGACCUUCUGGCGGCAGCUUACCCGCAGGACCCGAAAGAGACUCCUCUCACAACGCAGAGCAGCCUGGCCCAAGCGGGAUGCAGGCAGGACCCGACUUAAACUGGAUGGAAUCAGGCCAGGCUUUGACCUUCAUUGGCCACCAGGAAACAGAAGGGAAGGGAAAUGUCCACACAGGAGCAAAACCUCCGUGGCUAACAGAGGAAGAGGAUGGAAGUAAACAACAGAUCGGACCUUCCUAUGAGGAAUUUCUCAAACACAAGGAGAAGCAGAAGCUGAAAAAGCUCCCAGCGGAGCGCGUCGGUGCCAACUUUGACCAUACCUCGCAGACAGGCGACAGCUGGCUCCCUUCCUUUGGGCGGGUUUGGAAUCACGGCCGGCGGUGGCAGUCCAGGCACCAGUUUAGAACUGAAUCAGGGGAAAAGAAGAAAAAAAGGUGAUCAGAACAGGAGCUCCGAAGAAACCAAGCCCUGACUGUGGAAAGGUGGACCAUAGAUAGCUGCAGCUUUGUUACCGCUGCUGCCAAAUUUAUCGCUCUGAUUUAAUAGCUACAUCUAGGUGCGUUCAGCCCCUGGAAGGCAAGGUGACCACAGCGUAAUGCCGAGUUGAGCCCUGUUACUGAAAGCUACUUUGCCGGGGAGUGUCGCAACAGAUCCACUCCCCCUGUAACAGACACGCAGCAUGUAUCUGGGCAUGUUUCUGAAGUCUGAAGCUAUUGCAGGGCAGAUCCUGCCAGCAAGGAAAGUCUCCUGCCUAUGCUGUAUCUUUGUUAUCAGACAGCCUAGCUUAUACAGCAUGUGCUGCCAGUGUCCUAUGCUGACAUGUAGCAUGACAUCCCAUUAAAGAAAUAAAUUUUUGA